AUCAUUUUUCUUUCUUUCUGAAUAGCGCCGCCCCCUUAUGCUCUCAUCUCUUCAACUACCACCGCAAUAUUCACCUUUUCUCUCACCUUUUCUCUGCUUCCAUCACCACUAACUUUGUCUCUUCCUCUCAACAUCUCUCUCCCACCUUACUAAAAAAUCGAAUUUGAAACCAAAACCUAAUCCAUAAAUUUCAGAAAAUAGAUCUAAACUUGUUGUUAGAUUUCGUUGGAAAAACACCACUUGCAUGUCUUCGUUUUUGUUUGUGGUCCUCGAUCUGGUUUGAAACCUACCUUCGCUGCCAUAUAACUCUUUGUUUUGAGUUACAGAUUGAUACUUGUUAUUUAUAUUGGUGUUCUUGCCUUCCUUCUGGGUGUUGCGGUUAUACAACUAUUUUAUUAGCUGCUGAAUGUGCAGUUUACAGAUAUGAUAUUGUGCAGGAAAUGUAAAUAUAUGAAGUGUAGACAUAUUUCAUUUGUUUUGAUGUAGGUUUUAUUAUACAAUAUCAAUGGAGAUAAAUGAUAUUAUUAUCUCAGGUCUGAAAGUGAAAAUAAUGGGAUGCAUAUCAAAAUAUUCCCAGAGAUAUGAAGAAGAUGAAUUGCCACAAGAAAUUAUGGACAAAACAAAUGUUGAGAUGUUUACUAUGUUUUCUAAUUUAUAAUUUUAAUAAUUGUAUGGUUUAUAUUUAAUUACGUUUUUUAACUAUCUAAGUAUAUAUAACAAAAAGGUUAAAAUAAUCUUACUUUUCAAUGGGAAAAAAGAGCUAAAAAAGAGUUUGAUGUUAUUAAUUAAAAAUUGAUUGAAAAUGAUUAAAUUCUUCAUUUUAAAAAUGUUGAAAAAAAAUUAAUUAUUUUAGUUGGACAAGUUUAAUCUGGCCUAACAAUGACACUUUAUAAAAAUAUGUAAUUUGAUAAAAAACUAAAUUGAUUUGAAACCUGGGCUUGGAAUUUGAAAUGGGCCAAAAAUAACACUAACCGAAAAAAACCGAAUUAAAAAACCGAACCAUUUGAACCCGAACCCGAACAAUCCGAAAGCCCAAUCGGUCGGAAAUAGGGCCCAUGUUUCUCACCCGAGGGUUGGUUCGGUUUUAGGUUUUGGGCCCGAAUCCGACCCUACCCGACCGCUUGUCCACCCCUAAACAUGAUAAUAACAUCUUCGGAAACUCCGUCAAUUACAACCUUAAAUUUUCCGAUCCAUAUAAAUUCCAAUUCCCAACCACUCCAUAAUGUCAUCCCCACUCUCAUCAUUCUCUAACCACCAUGAACGGCGGCGCCACCUCCUCCUCCGGUGACGCCUCCGCCGUGAAACGCAGACGCAGCAGCCCAACCGUCCAUUCCGACGCCGUUAACGGGACGGAUUCAAAUUCAAUGACGAAGAAUACUUCUCUCUUUUCUCAAGCUUCCUUUCUGAAAUGGACAUUAUCGGAUGUUGUACACGUGGCGACUCAUCAUUGGAUGCCUUGUUUGUUUGCUUGUGGGCUUUUGUUCUUCAUGGCCGUGGAGUACACGCUCCUCAUGGUUCCUUCUUCUUCUCCGCCGUUUGAUUUGGGGUUCAUCGCCACGCGCUCUCUUCAUCGGAUUCUCGAGUCUUCGCCUGAGCUUAACAAUCUUCUCGCCGCACUCAAUACGGUGUUUGUGGCAAUGCAAACGAGUUAUAUCUUAUGGACUUGGUUGAUUGAAGGGCGUCCUAGAGCAACAAUUUCUACACUUUUCAUGUUUACAUGUCGUGGGAUUUUGGGGUAUUCCACCCAGCUACCAUUGCCUCAGGAUUUCUUGGGUUCUGGUGUGGACUUUCCUGUCGGAAACGUAUCAUUCUUCUUGUUUUUUUCCGGCCACGUGGCGGGUUCGAUGAUAGCUUCCUUAGACAUGAGGAGGAUGAAGAGGUGGGAGAUGGCAUGGACAUUUGAUGUAUUGAAUGUUUUACAAGCUGUGAGGUUGCUUGGUACAAGAGGCCAUUACACUAUUGAUUUGGUUGUUGGAUUAGGUGCUGGCUAUUUAUUUGAUUCUUUUGCUGGUAAGUAUGUUGAAGAUAGCAAGAAGAGAAUAGCUAAACAUAGUGGCAAUGGUCAUGCUUCAAAAAAUGAUUUGGGUGCAUGAGCAAUAUGGGAUCUUAGCUUAAAGUGAGAGACCAUAAAAAGAGGGUAAUAGAGAAGUAAACAAUGUGUGAAAUUUGUAGUGAAAAGAGGAAGAGUUUGAAUUGUAAUUGUAAAGCAAAUAACAAAAGAAAGAAGGGUUAGAGAGUGAUGAUGAUGUUAUUGUAAUAGUGAUUGUUUUUGUUGUUCAAUAAUUAGUGUGUAAUUUCAAUAAUUGAUUUCUUUCAAUGGUA